AUGGGUGCCCUCGAGAGAUUGACUCAGCUGGGAGGCCAGUUCUCCAGCGGCAGCAACAAGGAGAAGCUCCUCCAGAAGAACGCUGACGAUGUCGUCGUUACCGCAGCCCUCCGAACGGCCUUCACAAAGGGUGGCAAGGGUGGCUUCAAGGACACCCAGGCUGCCGACCUCGUCGCCGGCGCCUUCAAGGCCCUCCUUGAGCGCUCCAAGAUCGACCCUGCCCUCGUCGAGGAUAUCGCCGUCGGCACUGUCCUUGCCCCCGGUGGUGGUGCUACCGAGAUGCGCGCCGCUGCCCUCGUCGCUGGCUUCCCCGAGACCACUGCCGUCCGCACCCUCAACCGCCAGUGCUCUUCUGGUCUGCAGGCUUGCGUCGACGUCAUCAACCAGAUCAAGACCGGCAUGAUCGAGAUCGGCAUUGGCGCCGGUGUUGAGAGCAUGUCCACGCAAUACGGCCCUGGCGCCGUCUCCGAAUUCUCCGAGCAGCUUGAGAACACUCCCCAGGCCGCUAACUGCAAGGUCCCCAUGGGUGUUCUCUCCGAGGACAUGGCCCGCGACCUUGGCAUUGCCCGCACCAAGCAGGAUGCCUUCGCCGCCUCCUCCUACGCCAAGGCCGCAAAGGCCCAGGCGGAGGGUCUCUUUGAUCAGGAGAUUGCCCCUCUCACCGUCAAGUGGGAGGACCCCAAGACCGGCGAGACCAAGGAGAUCACCGUCGCAAAGGAUGACGGUGUUCGCGCUGGCGUCACCGCUGAGUCCCUGGGCAAGAUUAAGCCUGCCUUCGCCAAGGACGGCAGCAUCCACGCCGGUAACGCUUCUCAGGUUUCCGACGGUGCCGCUGCUGUUCUCUUCAUGAAGCGUUCCACCGCCGAGCGUCUUGGCCAGCCCAUCCUCGGCAAGUUCGUGUCGGCUGCCAUUGUUGGUCUGCCGCCCUUGUUGAUGGGACAGGGUCCUGCCAAGGCCAUCCCCAAGGCCAACGCCCUCGCUGGCAUCGCCACUGAGGACGUCGAUAUCUACGAGAUCAACGAGGCGUUUGCCUCCCAGUGCUUGUGGAGUGCCGAGCAGCUCGGCAUUCCGUUCGAGAAGGUCAACCCCAAGGGCGGUGCCAUCGCUUUUGGCCACCCUCUGGGCUGCACUGGCGCGCGACAGGUCUCCACCCUGCUGUACGAGCUUAAGCGCACGGGCAAGAAGAUUGGUAACACUUCCAUGUGUAUCGGUACCGGUAUGGGCAUGAGCGCCGUCUGGGUUGCCGAGUAA